CCGCUGCGCCCUCCGCCCUCCCCGCCCGGGCCAAAAUGUCGGUGGGGGUGGCUGCGGCCCUGACCCGGGAGGGAGGGGAGGACGCCUUCCGCCGGCUUUUUCGCUUCUACCGGCAACGUGACACGUUGGAUUUGAGGGGCGUUGUGGACUUCUCCGCACCGGGGGCCCAGGUGUUCAGAUCACAGCUCAGUAUUUCUUCAGUCAGUGAUCAAGAUGCCUACAGAGCUGGAUUACAGCCAGUUAGGCAGUGGAAAGCCUAUGGCCUCAAUGGGUAUCCGGGGUUUAUUUUCAUACUGAACCCUUUCCUUCCGGGCUGCCAGCGUCACUGGGUGAAACAGUGUCUCAAGCUGUACCCCCAGAAACCCAAUGUCUGCAACCUGGACCUGCACAUGCCUCCUGAGAAGACCUUUGACCUGUGGGGACAGAGCAAGGAGCAGCUGAGAAGGAAAGAUUCCAGUAAACGGGAGCCCAGAAGCUUGUUGGAGAAGCUGCGAUGGGUGACCCUUGGUUACCAUUAUAAUUGGGAUACCAAGAAGUACUCAGCAAAUCACCACACUCCUUUCCCCUCAGACCUUGCAUUCCUGUCAGAACAAGUGGCUGCAGCCUGUGGGUUCCAAGGUUUCCAAGCCCAAGCAGGGAUCUUGAACUACUAUCAUUUUGACUCUUCACUGGGAAUUCAUGUAGAUGAGUCUGAACUAGACCAUUCUCGGCCCCUUUUAUCAUUCAGUUUUGGGCAAUCCUCAAUAUUUUUGCUCGGGGGCCUGAAGCGGGAGGAAGCCCCAACAGCAAUGUUCAUGCACAGUGGAGAUAUCAUGGUGAUGUCUGGCUUCAGCCGUCUGCUGUACCAUGCUGUCCCCCGGGUCCUCCCCAACCCUGAAGGGACAGCUUUGCCUUCAUGCCUGGACCAAGCACUUCCUUCAGACCUCCCUGCUGGCUCAGUCCUUGAGCACAGCUCUGAUGAGGAUUGGCAGGUCUGUGCCAAGUACUUGGAAUCUUCCCGCAUUAAUAUGACUAUUCGGCAGGUUUUGGCUGAAGGUCAGAAAUUUCCAGAGGAAUCUGGGGCAAAUGGAAAGGGCCAGGCACCCUCUGAAGACAGUCACCAUCAGGAGAACAGCAGAGCCAAGAGACAUAAACCAAAUACAGACAGCUGAGACACGGAGAUCAUGCUGACAUGGACUGGACAGACAACCUCUGUGUGGAACUGGGAACUAAUGUAAUCACAUAGAACUCACUCGUCUGUAUUGGGAUUAAUAAACUUUUGCAGGAUGAAUGUACUCCUUGCUGUAAGAAAUAUGGUGGGGGAGAAAAAGAAUCUAAAAAGAAAAGAAGGUCAGGACUGGGACUUAGGAGAUGAACUCUAUUGCUGUUCUUUUGCAAAUGUUUACUGUUCUUGGUUCCCUUUAAAGCCCCUGAAUGUUGGAGAAUUAUAAGCUUUGUUUGGUGACAAGUCAUGACGUAUUUGGAAAUCAUUGGGCAGAAAGUGCAAGCAAAAGAUACAUAUCCUUAUGUGUUACAGAAUCCUAUUGGGCUUGUAAAGCUCAGCUGAAGGGCAGUUACAACUAUGAAUGAGAACAGGCUGCUGUGGGUGUGAGACAUACCUGCGACGUUUCCAAGAGAAUUCCCUCCAGAGCAAAAGUUGGUUCAGUGAUCAGAAAUGAGCAGCUCCCUUGAGCAACACCUGCUGUGAGCUUGCUGUGGUCCUGUGCUCUCCCUUUGCUUGCUUGUACCCCCUCAGCCACAGCAGAAACUAGUUUUAUGAGCAGAACGGGACUUCCCUUUGCAUACCUCAGAUUUUAGAGAGAAACAAUUGUACUUAGGAUUUCUAGUAGCUCCCAGCUGGGUUUACUCCCAACUGUAAGUAUGUGACUGAGCCCUAUGUUCCUUCAAAACUGCCCCCUCUUAAAGUGCCUGCAGAUUAUGGUUCUCUAGUCCCAAGCUAGAGUCUUUAAGGAACAGGAUGACUUGCAAGUAGAAGCAAUGGAGUUGUAAAUUAAGUACCUAAAAAAUUAAUCAGUGACUAUCUCUGUCACCCAGAGAUAAAUAUAUUGAAACAAGGAAAAGCACUAGCUUUUGUGCCUGUUCUCUUUAAGACUCAGACCUUCCUAUCUGCUUUUUAAUGCAAUUUUAAUUGUUGGAGUGGAAUGCACUAUCCCUGGGGUAUUUUGUUUCACUUUCCCAAUGAAUAAACUUACUUGGUUUUUAAAUUAAA